CCACUGUUGACUGUCAGGCUGAGACACACGAUGCAAACAGCUGAGGGACUCUGCACCUCCACACCCUGAAUGGUGUUAAGGUAGGCUGAUCUUGUGUGAAGGGGGUCAUCAUGGAUCACAGAGGUCGCCCCUGGCCCAACUCUGGCCAUCAGUCCCACAGAACCAAAGAAAGAGAGGACUACUACCGGUAUUCCCAGCAGGACUGGGACCAGAAUAACCCUGCACCGAACCCGAGAGAGCGGGACAGGUACUGGGCUCAUCCUGAUGCCCACUACAGGACUCAUUUCACCAGUCCUCCUCCCAGACCGGAGCAGUAUCCUUACAACACACAGCAGUACCCCUAUGGCCAUGGCCGCCCGGAACACCAGAGACCCCAGUCCAGGCAUGGGUAUGACUAUCCACCUCACAGCCACUGGGACUACAGAGACAGCUAUGGUUAUUAUGACCACGACUACUACGGAGGACAGCAUGGACGACGAGAUGCAGGUCCGUGGGGUCCCCAAGACUCCUGGAGGACGGACCGUCAGCACGACAGAACAUACAAGCAGGAACAUUCAGGGAGCUCCUACAACGAGGAGUACAGGUAUGACCAAGGGAGAGACAGCUCCCAGCAUUACCUCAAUGACUACGAGGACAAUCCCUCCAGAGAGAAUGAAGAGGUUUCCUCUUAUUACCUGGGGACAUUAGAAAGCUCCAAAAACUCGGGAUUAUCCUCCAGCAGCUAUGAACUGAGUCAGUACAUUAAUGGGGCUGAACACAGUGAGCCUGCUCACACAUCUGAUGCAGAUCACGGACCUGUGCAUCAGACCUCAGCUCCUCUGAAGUACUCCAUCCCUCAUGCGAUUGUCAGCUUCGGUCCUGCAGGCCAGCUGAUACGAGUCACUCCAGGCUUGUCCACACAGGAGAGCGUCAGCCAGCUGGAAAUCCACAGCAUGGAGGUCAUCCUGAGUGACACGAAGGAACAGCAGGAGAUGAGAACCUUCCCGGGACCUUUAACCAGGGAGGAUUUGCACAAAGUAGAUGCUAUCGAGUUUGCCCACCAGAGGGCAGGCGCCUGCAUGAGAGGUGACAAGCUGCAGGAUAAGAGCUCUGCUGCCCUCUUGUGGAAUCUACUGAUACUGCUCUGUAGACAGAAUGGACAAAUAGUCGGCUCGGAUAUUGCAGAGCUGCUGAUGCAGGGCUCACAUUCAGAUGGAGGCUGGGAGUCGGAGGCCCCCACGCUCAUUGACUUCAGUGAAGGCACAACUGCUGAAGCACCACCUCGCAAAGGAGAUGACCUGCUCACUGGAAGCUGGAGCAGCUUCAGCUCAGAGACCUCUGCGAAGGCCCUGCAGAGCUACACCCAACUGCUGCUGGCUGGAAGAAAGAAGGAGGCUUUGGAGUCAGCUAUGAGCAGCGGCCUGUGGGGGCAUGCACUUUUUCUGGCCAGCAAAAUGGACAACAGGUCCUACACCACUGUGCUAAACAGGUUUACGGGCCAGCUAACAGCCAGCGAUCCCCUCCAGACUCUGUUCCAGCUGCUGUCUGGGAGAAUCCCUGCUGUAGCCGCGGGCUGUGGAAAUGAAAAAUGGGGAGACUGGAGACCCCAUCUGGCUGUGAUGCUCUCCAAUGAGACCGGAGACCCCGCCGUCCAACAGAAGGCCAUCGUCACCAUGGGAGACACUCUCGCCUCCAAGGGCCUCUUACAUGCCGCCCAUGUGUGCUACCUGACAGCCAGUGUUUCCUUUGGGGUGUUCACGCAGAAGGCAGAGAGACUGGUGCUUCUGGGCAGCAGCCACAGGCAGUCCUUUGAAGACUUUGCCACAAACUCUGCCAUCCAGUGCACUGAGUUAUAUGAGUACUGCCAGACACGGGGCAAAUGCUUUUCAAUACCGUCCUUUCAGGUGUACAAGCUCCUGUAUGCCAGUCGACUGCUGGACUGCGGCCUCGCAUCUCAGGCCUUUCAUUACUGUGAGGUGGUGGGACAGGCGAUCCUCAGACAGAGGGAGGCUUUCUUUGUGCUGACUGGGGAGGUUAUUAAGCUGUCGGACAGGCUGAGACACUCCGAGGGUCAGUUCAGUGACACGGGUGUUUGUGGAGCCGAGCAGGAACCCGACUGGCUGAAACAGCUCCGUGCAAGGCACCACAGUUUACAGACGGGGAGUUUCGACUGUACUGAUGCGUACCAGCCACCUCCUGAGGGAGGUGCUGUGGCCCACGAGGAUAGAAAAACAUGCUCAGAAUCAAACUUGGAUGACCUAAGAAGUGACAUCCAGAGUCCUGAGCCUGAACUCCUUUAUUACAGAGCCUCUGAGGGUCAGGAAAGCUCGGAGCAUCCAGCUGAAGGAAACGCUGAGGAAAUGGCUGCGUUGUCAUGGGACGCUAGUGGAGCUCAGAACUGGCCACAUGCCAAUUAUCCAGUGCCAGUAACAGUGGUUUAUGCUCCCCCAGCGCCCGCGGUGGCUGUGAGCCAAGACUUCAGUUAUCAUAACACAGAUAGCGCUGAAGUCAGAACCGCCUCGCCACAUUGUCCUCUGAGUAAUCAGCCAUCAGCAGCAGAGGAGACUGGACCGUCCUCUGGAGCAGGCACAAUGAGGGGUCAGAUGCUGGACGUCGGCAUCGGUCAGCGGGGGCACAGCCAGCACGGCCUUCCGCGAGGCGUGGAGGCCUCCGAGCAGAACAACCAGCCUCUGAAACAGACCGCCAAGGCGGGGUGGUUCAGCGGCUGGUUCAAGUCGGCACCCAGAGAUGUUCAGAAGAAGAGUUCGGAGCAGGAGAGCCCAGCUCAGACUGUAAGAGCACCACGUACGACUGGCUUCUGUCCUCCUCCACCACCCUCCACUGCCCCCCCCAACACGUUUCCAAGCCAGCCCCCCUCUGCAGGGAUCAAUCCCUUUUCCAGGAAAGCAGGCCAGCAGCUGGGGUAGAAACCACAAGCCUGCAUCACAGGAUCGCUGAAACCACUAAACCCAAAGUGGGGACAUCACACCACCUACCAUUAACAGUGCCUUUGAGUCUAAUGAGGGUUCCACCUGAGUUUGGAUGAACACCAACAAGAUCCAUACUGCUCCCACCACUCACAUGUCUUUUUUUAAUGAUGCCCUUUCCAGCCCCCAGCUUGCCCGCCAUCAUGUUUCAUAUUAGAUACAGAAAUACUCUGCGUGGACUGGCACAGGAACUGUUGCAGAGACUCAAACAGCUGAGGUGUGUUUCCUAAAAGCUGACAGCGGGGAACUCACCAGUGGAUGCAGGACAUAUUUGGGGAAAGGGAUAUCUUAAUUGACCCCAAUAACCAUUUUUGUAUGACGGAUAUGAUCUGGAGCUUUAAUGUGGUGGAAAAAAGUUUAGAAUUGCAGCUGUGACCACCUCAAAGCAGCCCGCUGAGUGUGGGGUUAUAUGAGGUGCUUAUCCACAGUCAGUGUAUUACCUGCAGUAGAUGGUGGUCUGCACGCCCCCAGUCUGGAGAAGCAGCAGGUGGUCUGGUGGAGGAAGCUAGGCAAUGUAGGGCUGAGGAUGGGGCAGCAGAAAAACGUAUUGUAGGCAUUUAAAAAGAAAAAUCUGUUGAAGUGUUCGCUGUAUGUCUUUAGAGAGAAACUAAAAGCAGUGAAAAAGAAUUCUCAUCAGACAGCCCGACAGGAAACUGAAGCUGUUACAGUGCAACCUUCAAAGCCACCAGACUCC